AUGUCAGUCAAAAUCGGCGAUUACGUAUCGUCACCCUUCGUAGCAACUUCCGGCGUUCCCCAAGGCAGUCAUUUGGGACCGUUCUGGUUUCUGCUGUACAUGAAUGACGUGAACAUUAUCCUAAAAUGUUCGAGAUUAUCGUAUGCUGACGAUUUGAAAAUGUACUGUACAGUAAAAAGUCCUAAUGACGCCCAUCUCUUGCAACAGGAUUUGGAGACCUUUGACGAAUGGUGCCGAAUUAACAAGAUGUCACUAAAUGUGUCCAAGCGCUCAGUCAUCUCCUUCGGUCGCAAACGUAACAGGUAUCUGCACGAUUACGCCCUUCGUGAGACGGCCGUAAAGCGCGAAACAACUGUUAAAGAUUUGGGAGUCUUGCUUGACUCGAACCUAACGUUCAAGAACCACAUUUCUUUCGUUGUAUCCAGGGCUUCCUCGCAACUAGGAUUUCUGUUCCGCUUUGCGAAAAGCUUCAAGAAAUUCAAACAUGAUUACUAAAUUAUGUGCUCUAAAUUAGAAUCCAUUUCGGGACGGCGAACCGCACAGGAACACAUCAAGACACUAGGCUAUCGGUUUGUGGCCCGCCUUGGUGAAGGCACUUUUUCCAAGGUUUACCUUGUCGAAUUUACCGAUAAAACCACGAAAGCGAUCGAAAAGCUGGCCUGCAAGCUGAUCGAUACGGCCACGUGCAGUGCAAAGUUCAGACGAAAGUUUCUACCGCGAGAAUUGGCCGUUCUGCUGAGGGUUAAGCAUCCGCACAUCGUCCGAACCCAUAGGAUUGUGAAAUGUCACUCGAAAAUUUUCAUUUUCAUGCGAUACGCCGAACUGGGCGAUCUGCUGACGUUCAUAUUGGCUCACGGGCCGAUAGGCGAGAACCAGUCCCGUAUCUGGUCCCGGCAGGUGGCACUGGCUCUGCAGUAUUUGCAUGAAAGUGGUUUGGCCCAUCGGGACUUGAAGUGUGAAAAUAUUCUUAUUACCACUAAUUUUAACGUAAAGCUCAGUGAUUUUGGUUUUUCACGAUACGUCAUGAAGGACGGCAUGGUUGAGCUGAGUAGUACCUACUGCGGUUCGUUCGACUAUGCGGCACCAGAGAUUUUGAAGGGCCAACCCUAUGACCCGAAAGCUUCCGAUAUGUGGGCUUUCGGAGUGUUGCUGUACGUAAUGUUGAACAAGUCUAUGCCCUUCAAGGGACGCACGAAAGUGGUUUACGAACAGCAAAUGGGAAGAAAGUGGAAGUUUCGGUCUAGGGUUCGCGAGAAUCUUUCCUGUCAGGUGAAAGCUGUUGUGAGCAAUCUACUGGAACCGAACGCCAUCAUUCGGUGGACCGUGCAGGAGGCGGUAAUAGCAGAUUGGUAUAUGGAUGUGCCCAAAUUACGCGCGUUGAAAACAGAUGAGUUUGUUGCUUUGGCAGCCGCUCGAUCAUCUAAAAUGAAUUCCAACGAAACUCUUCGAAUACGGUCCAAACUGAAAGUAUCCGCCAGUGGUGUUAUUACGACCAUCAAGGAAAUUGAAGGAAGUGCGGAGCAAUUUGGAUCAAACUUGUCCGUUAAGACAUCGACCAUUCAACUGUUACAGGAUGAACCCAGUGAUUCACGAGGAACAAAGGAGCUGAAUGAAGAUGGUCAGUCGGUGAAGCUUCAGUAG